AUGCCGUCCUCCCGCUUAUAUGUGUAUAUGAAUGGUGUUGUUGCCUUGGCCUUGUCAGACCUUGCAAAAAGACAACCAGGCGGCUUCAAAAGCGACAAUAUUUCCAAACACUCCACAUGUGUUGAUACUGGGGGACGUUAUAUAGUCCGAAAUCUUCAUUACACGAAGAGCCAGCCAACGAAUAUGGCCGGAAAGGACAUGGACAGGCAGCCCCAGGCUACAGUCAAGGGUUUCUCUGUAAGGAUAUGGAUGUGGCAGCGGAAACUUACUGAGCCGAUCCGUCGAUCAAGGGUUACCGAGUGA